AAUGACUGACUGACUGAAACCUGGGCAUUUGCUAUGUAUCAAUUGUGAUUUAACUUGCUGGUUUUUGAUGAUCACUGAAGCUCUUUAUGAAUCAUUUCUCACUGUUCUGGUUUGGAAAAAUAGAAAGGCAGAUGGAUCAGACCUCAGACGAAGAUGUGGACCAUGCUGCAGAGGAGGACAGCGAUAAGGAAGACCAGGACUUGGAUAAAAUGUUUGGUGCCUGGCUGGGUGAGCUGGAUAAACUCACUCAGAGUCUGGACACUGGGAAACCCGAAGAGCUGAAGAAGUCACCGCUUCGGCAGGAAACCAAUCUUGCAAACUUCUCCUAUCGCUUCUCGAUGUACAAUCUGAAUGAGGCACUGAGCCAGGGAGAUGGAGUGGAUCUGGAUGCUCUCAUGGCAGACCUCUGCUCCAUGGAACAGGAACUCAGUAACAUCAGUAAAGAACCUUCCAGGCAUGACAGUGUUGUGAGAAAAUCUCUCAAAGAGGAUGUAUCUGCCAAGAUGCCCAGCAAAGAAGCCAAAUCUGCUCAGAAACAACCUGCCACUCGAGCAUCCUCCAAACAGAGCAGCUUGAAGGGCUCCUCUUCAUUGAGAAGCCCAAAAUCUUUGCACACCAACCUUUCACUGGAUGAUAUCACUGCUCAACUGGAACAGGCCUCCCUCAGUAUGGACGAAGCAGCACGACAGACCGGUGCCAUGACACAUGACACCAAGCCAUCUGUGUCCAGUCAACAUAGGAGAACGGGAUCAGCUGGAACUGUCAGUGAUGCAGACAUCCGCUCAACCAGUACCUCAUCUCGAUCCAGUGUUACCUCUGCCACCUCGAGCCAGGAUUCUUUGGACAUUGACAAGGUCACCCGACCGCAGGAUCUCGAUUUAAACCAGCAAGGUCAACCCGCAACAGAGCAUGUUCCCUCGAGUCGCCACAGUAGACAGGUCAGACGCCAUCUUGACUUUGCGGAGAAGGACUUGGAGCUGAGGACUCAUUCCUAUCUGGACAGGGAAACGUCAAUCAUUUUGAGAAACAUAGCUGGGAAACCUUCUCAUUUGCUGACCAAGGAGGAGCAGGCUGCGAGGCAGAAAGCAGAAAAAAUAAGGGUAGCGUUGGAGAAGAUCAAAGAGGCACAAAUCAAAAAGUUGGUGAUACGGGUCCACAUGUCUGAUGAGAGCUCCAAAACGAUGAUGGUUGAUGAAAGACAAACAGUCAGGCAGGUGCUGGACAAUCUCAUGGAUAAGUCCCACUGUGGAUUCAGCUCAGAUUGGUCACUGGUGGAGACAAUCCCAGAACUUCAAAUGGAGCGAAUCUUUGAAGAUCACGAAAACCUGGUGGAGAACUUGCUGAACUGGACUCGAGACAGUCAGAAUAAGCUUAUGUUUACGGAACGCAUUGAGAAAUACGCACUUUUUAAAAAUCCACAGAAUUAUCUGCUGGGGAAGAGAGAAAAUUCUGAGAUGGGUGACAGAAAUAAGGAAGCAUUACUCGAGGAGUUUUUCUGUGGCAGUUCUGUGACUGUUCCAGAGAUUGAGGGGUUGCUUUGGUUGAAAGAGGAUGGCAAGAAAUCCUGGAAAAAGCGCUACUUCUUACUCAGAGCUUCUGGAAUCUAUUACGUGCCUAAGGGCAAGACAAAGACUUCUCGGGACCUGGCCUGUUUCAUUCAGCUGGACCACAUGAAUGUAUAUUAUGGGCAGGAUUACCGCAGCAAGUACAAGGCUCCCACGGACUAUUGCUGUGCACUGAAGCACCCUCAGAUCCAGAAGAAAUCUCAAUACAUCAAGUACCUCUGCUGUGAUGAUGUCAGAACUCUUCACCAGUGGGUGAAUGGCAUUCGCAUUGCCAAGUACGGGAAGCAACUAUAUGACAACUACCAGGAUGCUGUGAAGCGGGCUGAAGCUGCAUAUGAAUGGUCAUCCCUGUCCAGUGCUAGUAUGAAAUCCGGAUCCAGCUCUUCCAGUUUGCCAGAAUCCCACUCGAACCAUUCAAACCAGUCAGACAGUGGUGUUUCUGACUUGCAGUCUACGGGUCAUGUUCGCUCCCAAAGUAUCGUCAGCUCCAUUUUUUCAGAGGCUUGGAAAAGAGGGACACAACUGGAGGAGCAGCAACAGCAUUCCAAGAUCAGGACGGACUCAGUCAGAUCCUACCCUUCAUCUAUAGCACCCACUUCCCCUCAGACCAGGAUCAAUGUGCCUCAUUUAGCACCACAACCCUCUCCUCCCCCACCACCACCUCCCCCUCCUCCUCCUCCACCACCCGCAACCCCCUUUAGCAAAUACAGCACCAUCAGCAGACAGCAGCCAAGCAAACAGGCUUCCAUUGUAACACUGUCUGUGGGGCCACAGGCCAUCCCACCACCCCUGCCCUCACAGUUAGUAAAGCCCCAGCUGCUGGUAGAAAGUGAUGGGCAUUAUGUUCCUCCACCACUUCCCUCAACCCCACCACCCCCGCCACCCCUGCCACCCCUUCAAGCAGUUACUGCUUUGUCUGCGUUGAAAUCGGGACCACCCAGCCCUUCCCCCAUGGUGCCUGCCUUCACACCCCCACCUCCACCACAGAAGUUACAGCAGCAAAACGUUCCAUCCCCUGUCCAGCCCUUGGCUCCUCCCCCACCACCACCUCCACCACCCCCUCCCCCUCUGCCACCCCUACUGCAGGGUACUGCCACUAAAAAGAUAGGGGCUCCAUUCGGGGCCUCUCUAAGCCAUCCACCUCAAACAGCUCCUAAACCAGCAGUGCCUAAUGUCGUUCAAAUGGAGCCCCCUCCAGCACCUCCCCCUCCCCCAACAUCAGUGAAACCACCUAAGUUCUCGAUUGCACAGAUCCCACUGCCGCCCCCACCACCCUCCCUCCCUCCUUCCCCUCAUACACCCACACCAAAUCAGCUGGCUGGGACUGCAGACCAAAUGCCCAAUCCUCCACCGCCUGCAGUGUCCAUUGUAAAGCAGUCUAUAAAUCAGUUCCAGCCUCCGACUGUACCCUCGACUGCAAAGCCAUCACCAGCCUCACUUCAAGCUCCCAUAUCACCCCCAGCUGUGAAAGCAAAACCCAAAUGGCAGCCUAGUUCCCUCCCAUCACCUGAGUUUCCCCCUCCACCUCCUGAAAGCAGCCUGCCCCAACCUCCUCCACCGAACCCCACCCCUCCUCCCACCCCAGUCAAAUCAGCUUCAGUCAAAAAACCAAAAAAAACGUCCAGUCCAAGUGGUAAGAAGCCACCUCCCACACCCCAGAGACAUUCCAGCAUGAAAGGAUCCAGUUGUUCAGAUGCGAAGGAGUCCAGAAAACCCGUGGAGGCCCUCAGCAAUAAGUUUGAACAAGCAACAGUUCCUUUAGCAUCUCCAGCAUUGGAUGCCACUGCUUCACCACCUGCUCCUUCGAAGCCUGGCAGGUUUCAUCUAUCAGCACAGGAACUUAGCUGCCCUGAAAUGUGUAGGAAUAAAAGGCUGAAGAGGUAACAUGUGAAUAAGCAAGUACAUAGCAUCACAGCAGGACAUUGGUGAUCCGUGUUAGGUCACAGUUACUGAAGUGAUGGGCACCAGCAAUGCUGCUUGUAUUUAAAAGAUCAUUUCAAUGUGAGAUUGUAUUUUAUCGACAUCACACAAAAUUUUGUGGAAUCUUGCAACACCGAGGAGGCUGUUUGGCCCAUUGUGCCAGUACCGGCUCCUUGAAAGAGCUAUCCAAUUAAUCCCACCUACCCUUUCCCCACAGCCUUACAAUUUUUUUCCAUUUCAACUAGAUAUCCAAUUGCUUUUUGAAAGUUACUAUUAAAUCUGCUUCGGUUGCCCUUUUGGGCAGCGCAUUCACUGCAUAAAGCAAAAUUCACUUUGUCGCUACUUACUUUGCCAGUCACCUUUAAAUCUGAGUCCUCUGGUUAUCCUGCUGCUGGAAUCAGUUUUACCUUAUUUACUCUUAUCAAAGCCCUUCAUAAUGUUGAAAUCUCUGCUUAAACCUCUCUGUUCUAAGGAGAAGAAUCACAGCUCCUUUGGCCUCUCCAAAUAACUGAAUUCCCUCAUCAUUGAUCCCUUCUCCAACCAUUGACAGGAGUCCUGUACCCACCAGUACUUUACCCUAGUGAUAUAUUUCCCUUCAUCAUAAUACACCUGAGUACCUAUUGAGUAAUACAUUCACAAUACAUACUGUGUGUAGACAAAACAUUCCUAUUUUCUACAGAGACCAUGUGCGUACUGACUAUUCCUAUUCUUUGCAUCCAUCACGUGUGCAGAGUAUUCCCAUUCACUACAUGUACCUUGUACAUGCAGACCAUUUCCAUUUACUGCAUGUACUGUAUACGUGCAGAGUAUACCUAUUCACUACAUAGACUGUGUGGGCACCAAGUAUUCCUAUUCACUGCAUGUACUGCGCACGUACAGAGUAUUCCCAUUCACUACAUGUACUGUAUGCACAGAGUAUUUUAUUCCCAUUCACUACAUAUACUGCGCAUGUACAAGAGUAUUCCCAUUCACUACAUGUACUGUGUGCUCAAAGUAUUUUAUUCCUGUUCACUACAUGUACUGUGUGCAGAGAGUAUUUUAUUCCCAUUCACUACAUGUACUGCGCAUGUACAGAGUAUUCCCAUUCACUACAUGUACUGUGUGCGCAGAGUAUUUUAUUCAUUCACUACAUGUACUGUGUGCGCAGAGUAUUUUAUUCACAUUUACUACAUGUACUGUGCAUAAAGAGUAGUCACAUUCACUACAUGUAUUAUGCGCGUACAGAGUAAUCCCAUUCACUUCAUAGACCCUGAGUGUACAGAGUAUUCUCAUUCAUUACGGCACUCCUUGAGGUUGUGUUUAAUAUGUUGAAUGAGUCAGCUGCUGGAUUAUUGGUGAAAGACCUGACCAAGUCCUGAAAGUCCUGAAGUGUAGGGUUUUGAAGAAUCGGCAGUACUUGAUGUUUGGUACAAAAUGAAGCAUCCACUGGGCAGGUGGAUGUUUGUAAAAUACAUUCACCUUAGCCAAGUGCAACAAGUGGACCUUAAGUACUUCACAUAUGCUUGUUAAGUGCAUAUUAUUGGAGAUGAAUUGAGUUUAUUCAUUUGUUUGUACAUGUCUCUCUGUCUCAUGUCCUCUAGCUUUCAGUUUAUGCAUGAUCCAGCCAGGAUUCAAUGAUCAACCUCCCAAUAUCCUGGGUGUUUGUAACCCAAUAAAUAACAAUGAUGCUGUGCUUGUUUGAUCUCCUUUUCAAUCAGAAACUCUUUAAGAAACUAUCAUGAAAAAUAGUUUUUGGUACAGGCCAUGAAUCAUUAUGCAUAACUCUAUUAAAAGUGGCAUUGACUGGGAGAUUCCUGCCCAUUUACCCUCUUAUUGGCCCAUUUGAAUUUUGUGAUUAGAUUUGUGACCCAAUUUAUACUAUUUCUUCUUCACUCUGAGUUAUCUAUUUUCUUUUACAUUGGAAGGAUCAUAUAUCCCAAUUUGAAUUGCCUGGUAUCUUUGACCUGUUCAGGAUGUGGAUGUCACUGACAAAGCCAGAAUCUAUGCUCCCUUGUCCUUGGAGGUUAGCUGCCUCCUUGAAACUUCGUAGGCUGUACGGUGAAGGUACUCCCACAGCGCUGCUAAAGAGUUCCAGGAUUUUGACACAAUCAUGUUGAAUUAACAGCAACAUAUCUCUCAAGUCAGGAUGGUGUAUGGCUUGGAGAGGAUCUUGGAAUAUUCCCAUGCACCUGCUUCCCUAUUGUCCUAGGUGACGGAGUUUGCGGGUUUGGGAGGGGCUGCCAAAGGAGGCUUGACAAUUUGCUGCAGUGCAUUCUGUAAAUUGUACAAACUCCAUUUGCGUUGAAGGUCAUUGAUAUUUAAGUUGGCGGAUGGGAUGCCAAUAAAAUGGACUGCUUUGUCCUGGAUGCUGUUUCUUGAGUGCUUAAACUGCACCCAUGAGGGAUCAGGCCUGGAACUGUAGUCAAGCAUAGGAAGCUUGUGUGAAUACUGCAUAUUUUCAUUGGCAUUCCUUUGUUGCUGCUCUUUUUGCAUUCUCUGUGUUGAGUGGCGUAUCCCAAUGAUAAAUCCUCUCCCCAGCACUUCCUUUGAGAGUCCUGCGAAUGGAUAUUAAAGUAGCAGUGUUUAUAGUUUUUAUUAUUGAUGCUGAAGUGGCAGUGAAGCAGAGGACCCUCCAGCCCCACAUGAGUGCCAUUCCUCCUCUCUUUCACAUGGAGCUGCAUUUUCCUCUGCUUCCCAACAGUAUCCCCAGGAAACCCCAGAGUGUGUUGGAAUUGGGGAAUUGUCUGCUCUCUACCAUCAAAUACCCACUGCACAGUUGGUCUAAAAAAAAAAAUCUACUGAGAGUUUGAAUCAGUGUGCACUACUGGAACAGAUAUCAAUGAGUGAGUAGGCAGGAAGGUAUUUACAGAUUAUCAAGCUGCUGAGUGUAACACAAGUUUAAAGGUCCUGGUGUGUUUUCUCCAUUUCUGAAUUGGAUUUUUUAUAAAUCGCUUUUCAUUAUAUCAGAAUGAAGCAACAUUGAGGAUUUUUCACUGAGGCUUCAAGGGCCAAUUGACUUUUCUCAACCCAGAUGACUUUUCAAAGUCAGUGCUGGUAUGGUUGUGGAAAUAGGGUUGGAAGUGAGAUUGGAACAGGGCUGAAUCCAGGAAAGGAAAGUUUGUACCAAAGAAAAACACAUGAUUUAUUUUUAGCCAAAGAAUCCAUUGUAGAUGCUGGAAAUAUAAAUGGUGCACUGGAUUUGAGCUGGAAGAGGGAGUUCACAGGCACACUCUUGGUACUGAACACGAUGUCCUGUUUUGUGCCAUUGUUGGGAGGGGUAAGUUAGUCAUGUAAUGGCGAAGCAGUGAGAGAGGCCCUAUCAAUAAAUGGCUGAGGUACUGUUCCCAGUCAUUGCAGGAGGUUGGGGUGGUCUUGUGCUGUUUGUCAUAGUUUAGUGAUCUCUUCUGUCUGCAUCUUUCCGUUUUGUUUGGGUGUCUUGUCCUCGUGUUGGUUUAAAAUUCAGUAACUAUCUCCGGCUGCUCAGUUAUCUAGGAGAGCAGCUCAAUUUUCCAUUAUGAUCAGGAGCCACAGACUAGGAGUGUUGUUCUGAUGCCAUCACUUCUAUCAGGAAUCAUUCAGGCCAACCUUUCAACUGAGGAGCAUGAACUGCAAAUCUGUCAAGGACCAGUGUUACUGGUGCUUCUGCAUAUCUCCUCUUGGAAGCUGUGAAGCAUCCUUGUGUAAUGUAGUUCAGAUAUAAUUACCAUAAGAACGCAAACAGAACCAUUCUUAAUACUGGGCUCUGUCCUGUAUCACUAGUUGUGCCAACAUGUAGCAUCAUGUGUGGGAUGGGGAGGAGAGGGUUAUUAUUAUGGAGAUAAGAGGACUUGGAUAUAUAUAAUUCACUGCUAAAUCUCACGGUAUGGACAAAGCUCCUUGCUGGUGUCUGCGACAUUCCAGGGGACUGGGGAAUGUUUUGCCUUAAACUGGAUGCAAGUGAAGGCUCAGCCUGUAACCUGUUUGGAGAUGGCUAAAAAUAUCACCGCCAAUCUCAAAUGGUCACGUUGGGUCGAAAGCCAUGUUUCUGUGUUUAGUUUUGGUAUAUGUUGCUGAGUUUUGCUGUAAAGUUGUUUUUGAAUGCUUCUGGUUAAAUGCAGAGAAUGUUGGCUCACACUCUGACUAAAAAUGCUGUAGCAUGUGGUUAAAGGCCAUCCUCAUACCCCUACUCUGGGAGUGGCUGGCUGGCUUCAAUAAGGGAAAGAUCACUGUCAAAGUUGGAGAGUAAUAUUGUAUAUAAUUUUCACCCCUUCCACCUCAUGUUCACUCUAAGAGAAGAACAUAUGCAAGUUCCUUUUUUUAAAAAAAAAAUGUAAACUCUGAAAUGUAUUAAUACUGGAGACUGUAAUUAAUGCAUGGCAAACAUAUAACAGUUUUUAUGACAAUAAAUUGAUUUCAAGUUAA